GCGGGGCCAGCUUGGGGCGGGGCCUGCGAGCCCGAGGAGGAGGGGCCGGGCCCGCCGGGGUCCGUGAUCUACGCCCGGAGAGUUCGCGCUCCGAGCGUUGCGCUCGGAGGGGCUCGAGCCGUAGCGCGGAUGCUGGAAGUUCACAUCCCGUCUGUGGGACCUGAGGCCGAGGAUCCCAGGCAAAGCCCAGAGAAAGGCCACAUGGUGUUCCGAGUGGAAGUAUUGUGCCGCGGGCGCAGGCACAUCGUGCAGAGGCGCUACAGCGAGUUCCACGCGCUGCACAAGAGGAUCAAGAAACUGUACAAAGUGCCCGACUUCCCCUCAAAACGCCUGCCCAACUGGAGGACCAGAGGACUGGAGCAGCGGCGGCAGGGCUUGGAGGCCUAUAUCCAGGGUGUCCUGUACCUGAACCAGGAUGUGCCCAAGGAAUUACUGGAAUUCCUGAGCCUUCGGCACUUCUCCACAGACCCUAAGGCCAGCAACUGGGGCGCCUUGGGGGAGUUCCUGCCCAAGAACAGCAGCUCUCAGCUCCACCACCGGCCUGUCAUCAGCUUCUGCAUGGAUCCCUACGUUUGCAUUCCAUCCCCAGAGCCUCUGUCCAACAUGGUGGUGAAUGGCGUGCUCCAGGGCCUCUAUGGCUUCAGCACCAGCUCCGCUAAAGCCCAGUCCGAGGCUCCCUGUCACCCUGCUCCUUUGCCACCGAUGCCCUGACCAGCCCAGAGGUCUGUGGGCCACCUGCCAAGACAGGCAUGUGCCCCAGUGUAUGAGCCCCCUUCUCAGAGGCUGGGUCACCCUUGGCCUGGACUCAGGAUUUAACCACCCCAGAUGCCAGGGCAGGGACAACAGGGGAUAAGGAAUAAAGGGAGAAGUCCAAUUUAGAGGUAGGCUUUGAAAAGAGACUGGUGUAUUUCUUCACCUACCCCAGAAAGGGGCAGGAGACAAGCAAAGGUUGAGGCACAGUAGUGGCAAAGGUUAGAAAUGAGGAGUAAAAUCUCCUGCUUGAAAUUUUGUAGGCAGUGUCUAGAGAAAGGGGUCAGACCAGAACCUCAGAUGGGGACAGGCCCCCCCUGCCCCAAGAGUCCCAGACAUGCUGGGACAGAGACUUAAGCAGGUGUUAGAGGCCCAAGAACUCAGCCCACACUGGUUUAAAAAAAAAAACAAACCACCUUUUUUUUUUAUUGGUCAGCAUGGAUAGGAGUUUGUUACAAAACCGGGCCUGGAGGCCUAUGGAAUGUGAGGUGAGGGGUCCACUCCGUCAGAUGCCAGCACUAGGGCCAGUGCAGCAUGGAGCCGUGUGGCGGGCCAUCUUUACCCACCCACCCCACCCCCUCCC